UAAUUAAAAUAUUGAAAUUAUUAUGAAAUUUUAGAAGUACAAUUGGAAGAGCCUUAAAGUUUGAUGCUUCUGCAAUAUUUAAUUGCCCCAAAUUCAAAUGGCUUAAUAUCUUCUUCUUUGGGAAUUAAUUCCACGGAAACACUUGUCACGGGUGUAAGUGAAGCUUAUUUCUUGCCACUUUAUGUCACUAACUCGAGGCGAUGCGAUGCGGCGCGUGGGGCGAGGGGCGAAGGGAAGAUUGUGACAGCUUUAAGCUGCACCCUCAAUUUCCGGCAUGAGGCCGGCGAGGCUUAUCCGCUACUCCCAACUGCCUACCACUGGCCACGCCCACAUUCAUUGCAACUAUACGCUCAGCUGAACUUCAGCCAAAAUGAAACCAUUGCAAAUAAAAUAAAAAAAAAAAUAAUAAAACGAAACAGAACAAAAUCCUUACUCUCGAAAUUUUGUAGUACAUUUAUUUUCUGA